CGCAGCAGCAUUUGAGGGGCGGAGCUUCACUGCAGCUGAGCGCAACGUGUUCUUAUAAUCACACACUGUUAGCAGCUCAUUCAUCAAUAAAGACAUGGUGUUGUUAGAGAACGACGCGUUUCUCACAGAACUCACCCGACUGUUCCAGAAAUGCAGGACCAGUGGCAGUGUGGUCAUCACUUUAAAGAAAUAUGAUGGCAGAACAAAGCCGGUCCCCAGGAAAGGGCAUCCAGGGACAUUUGAACCAGCUGAUAAUAAAUGUCUGAUCAGAGCUUCAGACGGCAAGAAGAAAGUCAGCACGGUGGUCAGCACCAAAGAAGUAAUAAAAUUUCAAAUGGCAUAUUCUAAUUUGUUGCGAGCGCACAUGGACGGAUUGAAAAAGAAAGACAAAAAGAGUAAAAGCAAGAAAAGUAAAGCCACACAGUGAUGGACAGAGAAAAAGAAAGACGUGCGUUUUAAUCAGACCUCUCAAUGACGUCGAACACUCACCUGUGCCACUCCACCAUCCCAUCAGUCUGUUGGCAUCAAACAUCCGCUCUCGCUGCACUUCUGAUGGGGAACCUGAUAUACAUCGUGUGUGUGUGUCUGGAGAGAUCCAUCAGGAAUCGCAUGAAAACAUGCCAACGUUUGACUUCUGCUUUACCAAACCAAGAAAACUAGAUUUGAUCGGGAUGAUGUAAAGUUCUUGUUUACUACAAAAUACUAGAUUUAAUACAUCUUACAGAAUGAUUCCAGUUCUUUAAUUAGGUUUAGUACAGUGGAGGCUUAAGGAAAUUUGUUUUGUUUUUUGAUAGUUGUGCCUUUCGAAGGGACACCUUUUCAUUUUUGACAUCUCUAAUCAUAAUGAGAAUCCCAAACGUUGAUAUUUUUGGACCACAGAAUUAAAUGAGGUCCAAUCAAGCUGAAGGACUUGUUUUUUUCUGUUGGUUGGUUUUGUGAUGGACACCCUUUAGCACAAUCUUGUACAUAAACCUUCCAGUGACUUUUAGGAAAUGAAAUGAAUAGACUUAACAUGUUUAAAUUCAUUUUAUACAUACACAAGGUUCAUUUGAAGAAAUAAAUACACUAUAUACACAGCUAAGCUGAAAUGAGUGA